AUGCCUCACCAGCCUGGUCCCUCUCCAACCGCCAGCGACUUUCCCCCGGCCCUCAAACCGAUCCUCCACCUUCCACCCGACAACAAGGCCACGAAUGCGGUCAUCUUCCUUCCAGGCUUAGGUGACACAUCAGCCAACUUCUCCUCCUUCUCUCGUGCGCUGAACCUCCCUGACGCUUUGGCCAUUACAAUCAAUCCACCUUUCCCCUUACCAUUCCCUCUGGGGCCGGGGGAUCAGUGGUCCGAAGACCUUCAUGUUGACACUACCACGGGUGAACUUGAUUCCGACUCUCCAUUGACCAAAUCAGUGGAACUCGUUGCACAGGAAGUGAUCUCGAGAGUCCUGGUCGAUAAGUUCAGGUACCGACCUGACCACAUCCAUCUCUUUGGCUUCGGACAGGGUGGUUCGGUCGCCCUAACGGUCCCCUUGCAUCCAUCCAUAUCUUCUCUACCCUCUUUGGGAGGAGUCAUAUCAGUCGGGGGAGCUCUGCCGCUAUCUGCACCUCUUACAAGCACGAAGUCUCAGAACAAAACACCGGUGCUACUCCUGUCAGGCUCAAAAUCACCACUUGCAGCAGUCGGCUCCAGUCCACUUAACCGCAUCAAGGCCACUUAUGAAUUCGUCACUUAUCAUCAAUGGAAGAAAGCAGAUGACUCGUUGCCUAAGAAUCGAGACGAGGCCUUGCCGAUGAUGCAGUUCUGGGCACGACGGUUACGAAGCAGACGCGGUGUUCCGGAUGAUGCCAUCGAGAUAACUUGA